UUCGAAAAAAGGCCUCCAAAGGUGACGUUUCUAGGGUUCGAGUCGUCCCUCUCGUUCGCUCCCUCGCCUCGCCUCCGAAACACCACCUCGAUCUCCUGCUUUCUUCGUCAUCAUGGCCGCCGCCAGCACCGCAGUGCCUCGGAGCCGGCAGCCGCCAGGCCGCCCCAUGGACGACGAGAACCUCGUCUUCGAGACCAGCCCCGGGGUGGAGGCCAUCACCAGCUUCGACCAGAUGGGCAUCCGCGACGACCUCCUCCGCGGGAUCUACGCUUACGGGUUCGAGAAGCCCUCCGCGAUCCAGCAGCGGGCUGUGAUUCCCAUCAUCAAUGGCCGCGACGUCAUCGCCCAGGCGCAGUCCGGUACCGGGAAGUCCUCUAUGAUCGCCCUGUCCGUCUGCCAGAUGGUCGAUACCUCCAUGCGAGAAGUGCAGGCACUUAUUCUGUCACCUACUAGAGAACUUGCUGCCCAGACUGAGAAGGUGAUAUUGGCUAUUGGUGAAUACAUAAAUGUGCAAGCCCAUGCAUGCAUUGGUGGGAAGAGUAUAGGGGAAGAUAUUAGAAAGCUGGAGUAUGGUGUUCAUGUCGUUUCUGGGACGCCUGGCAGAGUCUGCGACAUGAUCAAAAGGAGGACCUUACGAACAAGAGCUAUCAAAAUUUUAAUCCUUGAUGAAGCUGAUGAAAUGCUGAGUAGAGGCUUUAAGGAUCAGAUAUAUGAUGUAUACAGAUAUCUUCCUCCUGAACUUCAGGUUGCUCUGAUAUCUGCAACACUUCCUCAUGAAAUUCUGGAGAUCACCAACAAGUUUAUGACAGAUCCCAUAAGAAUUCUUGUCAAGCGUGAUGAAUUGACACUGGAGGGUAUCAAGCAAUUUUUUGUUGCAGUGGAGAGAGAGGAGUGGAAAUUUGAUACGUUAUGUGAUCUCUAUGACACCCUUACUAUCACUCAAGCUGUUAUUUUCUGCAACACAAAAAGAAAGGUUGAUUGGUUGACUGAGAAAAUGCGCAGUAACAACUUCACAGUAUCUUCUAUGCAUGGCGACAUGCCCCAAAAAGAGCGAGAUGCAAUAAUGGCAGAAUUCAGGUCGGGGGCUACUCGUGUGUUGAUUACUACUGAUGUAUGGGCAAGGGGGAUUGAUGUCCAGCAGGUAUCGUUGGUAAUAAACUAUGACCUUCCAAACAACCGAGAACUCUACAUACAUCGGAUAGGUCGUUCAGGACGUUUUGGGCGCAAGGGUGUGGCGAUAAACUUUGUGCGCAAGGAUGACAUCCGUAUACUAAGAGAUAUCGAGCAGUACUACAGUACUCAGAUUGAUGAAAUGCCAAUGAAUGUUGCCGAUCUCAUAUGAAUACUCGAUCCAAGGACAAGACGUUUACCUCUGUGGGAAACACUGCAACAAUUUGCUUCUUGACUAUUAUCGUUAAACCAGUUGUGUGAUGGUUCUGUAUUGCUGUUGUCUGCUGGAGUUGAUGAUUGCUUACUUUCUGUAAACUAAGCCUGUAAAUUUUCUGGGAUUCUGCGGAGCUUGAUGGUUAUAUAACUUCCUGCUAGGAGUAACUGGAGGAUUGUAAUCUUGGGUGUCUGUGAACCUAAAUGUCUGAACUAAUUUUUCCUGGUA